AUGCAGCAAUAUUCUUCUAUUAAUUUCAAUCAGUCUUUACUUACUUCGAAACCGAUUGAAAAGACAAUAAACGAAAAUUUUGAUGCAAAAUAUGAAGUAAUACAAAGAACCAAUAGUCCUACUCCUUUACGUAGUUUAAAUCGAAUUCCACAAAAGAUCGAAAUUCAGCAUACAAAACCAAGCCAUACAAUAACUCUCGGUGACAAUUCUGCACUUUCCUUAGUAUGUAGUUAUAAAUAUUUAUUUAGCGGCUCUCAAGAUCCUUACAUUCGAGUAUGGGACUUAUCUACCUUCCAGCAGAUAAAGACUUUGAGAGGGCACACAGGCGGUGUAUUGUGCUUGAAUCUAUCAGGAGAUUAUACCAUGUUAUUUAGUUCCUCCGGUGACGGAACAGUUCGGGUUUGGGAUACAGAAACGCUGAAUUGCCUUUAUGUGAUACAAUCAAGUCAUGAUGUAGGAGAUCUGUUUUCGGUAGUUUAUUCCGAUUCUUUGGAAACUUUAUAUAUUGGGUGUCAAAAUACCAGUAUACAACAAUUUGAUCUGUCUAAUAAGGAAAAAUACAGAACUUUACAUUCGUUAAAUACAUGUAAAUGUUCCAAAUUCUUUGGUGCUUUGCCGGUUAAAUGUUCAAGUGAAAACAAAUGCUCAAGUGGAAACAAAUGUUCAAGUGAAAACGAAGAAGCUGAGACCACUACUGUUUAUACUGAAAUUAGUUAUAUUCCCAAGCAUGAAGAUGAUGUUAAUGAUAAUGAUAUUCCAAGAUACGAAAUUGAUGAAACAAUGGUGCAUUGGAAUAGUCAUAACGGAUAUGUGUAUGCUUUAUUAUUAGGAAAAAAUAAGGAUGGUGAAGUUUUGGUUAGUGGAUCUGGUGAUGGUGAUGUGAAGAUUUGGUCUAUUGAGAAGAAUUCAACGAACCUCUUACAAAUCCUAAAAGGCACAGAUGCUGGCGUUCUAACUCUUGCGUUGCAUGAAGAUUUAUUAUUCUGUGGUACUCAAGGCGGAGAUAUUAAG